UGAUUGUGACUUCUUAGAGUCGUACCGACGGGCAAGUGGUAUCUGAAUCCAUCAACCAAUGCUUGCAGGCGUCAGACACGGGCUGCUUUCUUGCUUAGCGAUUCCUUUCUUUUAUUUUGUGCUGUGAUGUACUGGGAUGACAUCUUGCACACCUGAGACUAUAAGCUCUUGAGUGUUUAUUGUUGAGGGGAUGAGUGAAAGAGGAGUCUCGUUCUCCAUGAGGUCUUUCUAUGGACUGUAUCCCUACAAGUCAAGCAUGAUUGGUCUCGAGUCGCUGGCGGACCCGUCUUCUGAUUGGGACAUUGUGGAAACGAUUGGAAAAGGAACCUAUGGCAAGGUCUACAAAGUCAUCAAUAAGAAAGAUGGAAGUCAAGCCGCCGUGAAAGUUUUGGAUCCCAUUAAUAAUCCCAGUCACACUAACAGAGAUGUGGACGAGGAAAUUGAAGCAGAAUACAACAUCCUUCGCUCCUUGUCCAACCAUCCCAAUGUUGUGAAGUUCUUUGGCAUGUUCUACAAAGCAGAUGAGCUCUCCGGAGGGCAGCUAUGGCUUGUUUUGGAGUUGUGUAAUGGAGGUUCAGUUACUGACCUGAUAAAGGGUUUGCUGAUGAGGGGAAAACGUCUCGAGGAGCCCAUCAUCUCCUACAUCCUGUGUGGAGCGCUGCUGGGUCUCCAGCAUCUUCACAAUAACCGAAUCAUCCACCGUGAUGUGAAGGGCAACAACAUCCUCCUCACCACUGACGGUGGAGUCAAACUGGUGGACUUCGGUGUCUCAGCUCAGUUGACAAGUGCCCGUUUGCGCCGAAACACAUCAGUGGGAACCCCAUUCUGGAUGGCUCCUGAGGUGAUAGCGUGUGAACAGCAGUAUGACUACUCGUAUGACGCCCGCUGUGAUGUGUGGUCGCUGGGCAUCACUGCUAUAGAGCUGGCAGACGGAGACCCACCACUGGCAGAGAUGCACCCGGUCAAAGCACUCUUCAAAAUACCACGGAACCCGUCUCCUACCCUCCGCCAUCCUGAGCAAUGGUGCAGAAGCUUCAGUCACUUCAUUGCACAGUGUUUGAUAAAGGAUUUUGAGACUCGUCCUUCAGUGACGCAUCUACUGGAGCAUCCGUUCAUCAAACAGGCUCAUGGGAAAGACACGUUGCUCAGACAGCAGCUGUCGGUCCUUAUACGUGAGCAGCAGGACGUGGGCAGCAGGACCAAGACCAGGCAUGAACGAAUCAAUACUAGGAAAACCCUGAUCAUCGAGAGCUGCCCGGAUGAUGAUCUUGUUAACCUGGAGCUUUUAGAUGAGGAAACGAUCAUCGCACACCUUCAGAAGCGGUAUCAGGAUCUGCAGAUCUACACGUAUGUUGGGGAUAUUCUGAUCGCCCUGAACCCCUUCCAGAACCUCAGCAUCUACUCUCCACAGUUUUCCAAGUUAUAUCAUGGGAUGAAGCGCUCCACCAACCCUCCACACAUCUUUGCCACCGCUGAUGCAGCCUAUCAGAGCAUGGUGACUCUCUGCAAAGACCAGUGUAUAAUCAUCAGUGGAGAAAGUGGAGCCGGUAAAACUGAGAGUGCCCACCUCAUUGUCCAGCAUCUCACCUUUCUGGGCAAGGCUAACAAUCGCACACUCCGCGAGAAGAUUCUUCAAGUCAAUCCCCUGGUGGAGGCGUUUGGUAACGCAUGCACGGCUAUUAACGAUAACUCCAGCCGCUUCGGAAAGUAUCUGGAGAUGAAGUUUACUCCUACAGGAGCAGUGAUGGGUGCCAAGAUCUCAGAGUAUCUUCUGGAGAAAUCAAGAGUCAUCAAACAGGCUACGGGUGAGAAAAACUUCCACAUAUUCUACUAUAUCUAUGCUGGUCUUUACCAUCAAGACAACCUCAGGAAAUACAAGCUACCCAACAAAACUGCCCCCAGAUACAUUGACUGUGUAAAUGGAAAAGUAAUGCAGGACAUCAUUUCUAGCAAACUGUACAAGGAGCAGUUUGACGCCAUUCAGGACUGUUUUCGAAUCAUCGGAUUUACAGAGGAGGAAGUGAAUUCAGUAUACAGAAUUCUUGCAGCCAUUUUAAACACUGGAAAUAUUGAGUUCGCAUCCGCCAGCUCUCAGCAUCAGAGCGACAAGAGUGAAGUGCCCAACUCUGAGGCCUUAGAUAACGCGGCAGCUCUGCUUAGCAUCGGCUCCGAGGAGCUUCAGGAGGCUUUGACCUCCCACUGUGUGGUAACUCGAGGAGAAACCAUCAUCCGCACCAACACUGUAGACAAGGCCACCGAUGUGAGAGACGCCAUGUCUAAAGCGCUGUACGGACGCCUCUUCAGCUGGAUCGUCAACCGCAUUAAUGCCCUGCUGCAGCCGGACACUAACAUCUGUGCGGCCGAGAGUGGGAUGAACGUGGGGAUUCUGGACAUCUUCGGCUUCGAGAACUUCAAGAAGAACUCGUUUGAGCAGCUGUGCAUCAACAUCGCUAACGAACAGAUCCAGUUCUACUUCAAUCAGCACAUCUUUGCCUUGGAACAGAUAGAGUAUCAGAGUGAGGGUGUAGAUGUCAGUCUGGUGGAAUACGAGGACAACAGGCCCAUUCUGGACAUGUUUCUUCAGAAGCCCAUGGGUUUACUGUCUUUACUGGAUGAGGAGAGCCGAUUCCCACAGGCCACUGACCAAACUCUUGUCGAUAAAUUUCAGGAUAACCUGAGGAAUAAGUACUUCUGGAUACCCAAGCGUGUGGAGCUCUGUUUUGGGAUCCAGCAUUAUGCAGGCCAGGUCUUGUAUAACGUGAGUGGAUUUCUGGAGAAGAAUCGUGACACUCUUCCUGCAGACAUCGUGGUGGUUUUGAGGACAUCGGAGAACAGACUUCUGCAGCAGCUGUUUUCCAGCCCUCUGACAAAAACAGGUAAUCUGGCCACAUCCAGAGCAAGAGUGACAGCAGCCUCCAGAUCUCUGCCUCCGCAACUCAACAGCGGAAGAAAUAAGUCUCCUAAAUACCUGUUAAAGGUGGACACCAUGGAAAUGAUGCGUCACCCUGAAGAAACCACUAACAUGAGGAGACAGACAGUGGCGUCUUAUUUCAGGUACUCUCUUAUGGACUUGCUGUCCAAGAUGGUGGUCGGGACACCUCAUUUCGUGCGCUGUAUCAAACCUAAUGACGACCGACAGGCUCUGCGCUUCAAUAAAGAGCGUGUGAUGGUUCAGCUGCGCUACACCGGCAUCCUGGAGACCGUCAACAUCCGCAGACAGGGCUAUUCCCACCGCAUCCUCAUCCAGGAGUUCGUAAACAGGUAUUACUAUCUGGCCUUUCGAGCUCAUCAGAUGCCAGAGGGAAGUAAAGAGAACGCCAUUAUUAUAUUGCAGAAGGCCAAACUAGACUACUGGGUAGUGGGCAACACAAAGGUGUUUCUGAAGUAUUAUCACGUGGAGCAGCUCAAUCUGAUGUUGCGGGAAGUGAUCGCUCGAGUGGUGUUGAUGCAAGCCUACACCAAGGGCUGGCUGGGCGCUCGACGCUACCGCAGAGAGAGAGAGAAACGCCGCAAUGGGGCAGUCGUCAUACAGUCAGCCUGGAGGGGUCACGUGGCUCGUCAGAAUCUGAAGCUGAUAAAGAGAGAGCGUGAACAGGCCGCUGUGCAGAUCCAGUCAGUAUACCGAGGCUACAGAGUCAGGAAGGACUACAAACAGAGUCGACAAUGGACUGGACAACCCAGUUCCAAAAGAUCUUCCACCAAUCACUCGCCGGAUGAAAAGGUUGUCUCUGUCAGCGCAGACUCAGGCAUCGGCUCCAGUGACGCGUCUGUGCCCAAAACAGACAAACAGAGUGACAGCAGAGAGAGAGCGCCACUGAGCAAACAAGGCCCAACGCUGAAGCUACACCAGCACCGUUCCCCUCGGCGUAGAGGACAGCAGCCCAAGCUCCUGAACAGCCCGGAAGACAGUCUUUAUUACAACCAUCUCAACAGAAGUCUGGAUUAUCAGGGGAGCAAGAGGAAACCCAGAAAACUGGGGCAAAUCAAGCUUCUGGACGGAGAGGAUGAAUAUUAUCAGUUACUGUCCACAAUAGAGGCCGUCCCUGAGGAGGAUGUUUUAACUGGCACCUCCCCCAACCCAACGUCAACCCCGCCCACUAUCUCUUCCAGAUGAGCAGAGCUCCACCCACCCCUCUGACUCAUGCACACAGCCGAUUGCCUUGUCCAGUCUUUUGCUACGGAAUGUGCUGUACAUAUAAUAUAAUGGAAGGAAAAAUAUUUAUGUUCGCAAUACUUUCUCAGUAUUUUGGAUUAAUGUAUUUAUGAAAUGCUCAUCAGUUUUUUUGUAAAAUAAAAGGGAAAUAAUUACAUAUUGUGCUUAAUUAAUUAAGGACUCUCAGUGGCAGCCUGCUAAUAUUUAAAAUCAUUUUGCCAAACAUGAUUAGGUGAGUGAUGACUGAUUCUCUGUACUCAUUUUAUUUAUUUGUUUACUUAUUUACUUGAAAUUCAAAAGUUUGUUGGUCUGGCAAGUUUAUUGGACUGGCUACAAAAUAAAGUUUGUGUACUGUAAAUCCUCAAUGGAGGAACAAUAUCGUCUCUCUUAACUUUAUUGAGAAGCUAGUAAAGCUACACUAUUUUAAAGAAAACAUUCUGGAAAGUAAUGGCUUUAAAUGGCAUGUCGUGAGUUUCGAUAUAGUGUUAGUUUUGUACAGUGUUUGGGGUUGUCAAUCCAAUUUAACCAGAUGUUUUGUACCACAAUCUGCGAAAUAAAGUCAGCAAUAUCA